AUGCAGGGAACACACAAAAGGCCAGAGGGCGCCACCGGCGCUGAGGCAGAGGCAAAUGCGCAACUAUUGGAUAUUCAGAGGGAAUUGGAGGCGUUAAAGCAGCGCCGCACCGUACUUGAGGAGCAGCGGAAGAUGCUUCUUAGCGGUUGUAAUUCUACUGCCGCCUCCACGAGUCCCGUGCAAUGCACACUACUUAGCCACGGAGCUCCCAGUGACGCCGUUGGUCGCACUCGUCCACAGCUUACGCGGAGCAGCUCUGCGCGGCAAUUCAGUCACUCCAGCAUCAACCAUAGCCGCCGUAUUCCUUCCGAGGCGGAGCGACAAAAGUUGUUGAAGAAAAACGUUUUUAGAGAGAUGAAGGAUUCCAUGCGACGCAGCUUGGAACGAGACAGCUCGCUGGCCAUGGGAACCUUUCUGCUGGAGGACAACCCGCACGCAGGUACGUUUGGUCGCGAGCGGCGAUUCAUUCCUAUUGCGAACGGUAAGGGCACCUAUCAUUUGAGCACCGAUUUUGAACUGAUGCAGCGUCAGAAGAAUGCCUUUAUGAACAAUGUCACUGCCUCUCUGCGUGGAAGGGGGGGAAUGAACAUCUCGGGCCAUUGGAAUGACCUCCAAUGCAGCGGUCCACCAGGGCCGGGCGCCUACACGCCGCGUUACGGCAAGUUGGCAAAGCCUUCAAUUCUCACACGAAGGUGA